AUGUUAAUCAUGCAGCUGUUCGGCGCUAAAGCUCUGAUGCCAGAACCGUCUGAAUCUAGCCCUGAACUCUUGAGUGGACGUAUCUUCACAAUCCCUUCAAUGCUGCGACCUGGCCCUAGCAUGAGCACGGCCGCCUCCAACCAGGACAACCAGUGCAAAGCGGAACACCAUGACUCUCCCCCGGCCCUCUUCUACCUCUGCCGUGAAGUCUCCAAGCUUGCAGCACCGAUCCACGCCGGUUUCUUGGACAAGAAAAAGGCAGACGAAGUGGCAAACGAUGACCGCAUGACCGGAAAGCCAGAGCGAGUUACUUGCAGCUCUCUGGAGGAUCCUUUGGUAGUAAGAGACGGGGGCGCGCACCUGCUUCAGUCGUCUCGUGGUUAUCACCGACGCGGUUUGUGCUGCGUGAUGCCGUACAGUCAGGGGGAAAACGGGACGGAGGAAGGUCCCGGCGGUGGCGACGCCUCAACCUCGCGUGACCCUCGCGGGGACUGGACCAGCCCCUGGACGGUGCUGAGCCUGAUCAACCUGCACUGUGAAAGGCUUCUUCAUGACAGAGAUGCUAUAGAGCCAGGCUUCAGCUUAGGGUUGUCUGCUUCGGCAGCCAGCCACUUGAAUGCCGCCUUUGCGGCGGCGGGCGUAACAGCAGGGGGGAGCACAAGAGACGGUCUUGGCGGUCUUCAACUGUGCGAGGGCCAAAAGUCCCCUCUGUCCACCCGAGCCGCGGACACUUUCAGAGCGGGGCGCUCCGGAGGGGCUCUGGAGGGCGGAGGGCCGCCGCACGCUGCUGAGGAACGAGCUCCUCUCACUGAGGCGUCGCAUGAACGCAGUUCAGCAGAAACUCCGCGGCCUCCACCGGGUUACAAGGAGACGUCCAGUGAUGACAAGCAGCUAGAGUCCAACCAGGAGGGCGACACGGGAUGUCUGUUUACUGGAAAGCAUCAUUUGCAGCAAGCACACCCCCCGGGGGGAUCAGCUAGUACCCAGAUUACUUUUAGUUCAGCCCAUAUGGAGUGCAUAGAUGGGCUAAAACCAACGCUAAAAGUGGAUCACAAUGCAAACAUUACCUGGUCUACCCAGCUCACCCCUAGGCUGCUGUCGUCACAGCCGGGGUCCGUCAUCUCAGAUGCAGCAGGGGUCCACCGCUCCCCCAAACCCUCAGCAUCUAAACCUGAAUGCUUUCCCCUGGAGGUAAACCACGCCACGGCUGAGCAUUCGCUGUCGUCUGCCACCUCACCAGAGCUUUGGAGGGUGAGAGAUGAUGAUGAUCAGCUCUCUGGCAACAAAUGUAGGACCAAGACGCGUAGGAAGCAGCCUCACCCGUCUCGCAGCGCUGACGUUCACGACCCGGACUUCCAGGGCGUGUUUUUCAGGAUCGACGCCGAGCUGGAUGACAGCAGGGAACGCUGCCGGCUCCUCAUCACCUCAAAGCACAGCAAGGAGCUCUGCAGGAGUGUGAGAAAACCGAAGCUGAGGGCGCGGACUUCCCAGAAAUCAGCCACCACCAGCAGCUCAGAGGAGGACAACGACCAAGCAACUAAUAUCAAUAAGGGCAAAGUCUGUGCGUCCUGCUGCACCAGGAAGACGCCCAUGUGGAGGGACGCCGAGGACGGGACUCCUCUCUGUAACGCCUGCGGCAUAAGGUAUAAGAAGUACAGGGUGCGCUGCGUGAAGUGCUGGCACAUCCCCCGGAAAGAGGGCAACUCCAACUCGCUCUGCAUCAGGUGUGGAAACUUUGUGAGACUCACCUCGGCUCAGCGGAAGCAUCACUCUUAGAGAGCACACGAGUGUCGCGUUUUAGCUUCCCCCUUAACAAAAGCUAUGAACACGUGAGAUCAAGGGCCACGUUUGCUGCUUCUUUAUUUACUUGUUUCCAGUUCUGGACAAACAGGAAGGGCGGAAGAAAAGCUGAACUCGAAAACAGAGUAGUAGAGUGCUUAAGAAAGGGAAAAAAUAAUAAGAAUUUCUCUCUACUCCCUCUUUGUAACAGUGUUCCCAGCUUAUGCAUCUGAAUGUUUGCCUGGAUGAGGUUUUGUGUGGGAAUUGAACCGUUCACUCAUGAGGGGAUUGAAGGUUUUGCCCUGCGUCAUCUAGCCUCGGUUUCCUACCUCUGACACCGUCUGCUAAACCCAGUGGGUUCUUUUGCCUUUUUUGUUGUAUUUGUGAGUUCUGUUUUACGUUUGGGUUGUUGUAUUUAAGAGAAUAUUGUACCAAAUGCAUGUUGUGCACUGAUUUCUUCCUGUUCUUUCUGACAGAAAAGCAGUUAUUUUGUGUGUUCAAAUUCAAAACGAAACAUCUUGAGUUUCCCCGAGUUCUUUCAUGUAUGUGUGUGUGUGUGUGGUGUGUGUAAAUAA